GACACAACUGCUUCAACUUUCUCAAAACAGCCUGACGAUGGCGGUUGCAAUUGGGUUCUUGUCGCUCCCGACAGAGUUGAUAUGUUUUAUUUUAUCCCUCCUUCCUCCCAGGGACCUUUGUCGCUGUGCAAUAACAUGCAAAGCCGUACGGGAUGCAGCCCAGAAUUCCAUCCAUGUCCAAUACAAGCUUGAGCUACAUGCUCAGGGCUUCACUGAGACCGCUGCCCUAGACUCGAUCGAUGUCAACAGAAAGAUGUCCUCACUCAAGAGAUUGGCAUCCUUGUGGCGAUCUGGUUUCCACACCAACACUAUUUUCCAAGAUACAAAUACAACGUCCCCUGUCAGCGUCAAUCUCCCAGGGAGGCAAUACGUGAAGUGUGGGAUUUGGUGGAUGUGGGAGAACGAAAAUAUCUUUAUUCGGGAUUGUAACACAGAUAGAAAACUAUCCCAUCCGUUCCCCAGACACGAACGUUUGUCCCAGGAUCGGUUUUCGGGAUCGGUGAGAACAGUUGUCCUCGAUCCCAUUCAGGAUCUUGUGGUCGUAAUCCCCAUGCCUGGUUUAUGCACUGUGACCGGUACCGAGCAAGAUCAUCACAUCUUUACGGUGGAGGUUCGAAUGACUUCAUCCCUGCUUCCGCAUCCGGAUUCUGUGGACGCUUCCUUGAAGUGCAAACAUUCUUUUGAUGCAUCUGGCCAAUACCGUGCUGCUUUCUUGCACGAUCCUGCGAUUUGUGGGGAUCGUGUAGUCGUCCUCUAUAGAAUGCUCAAACUCAACUCGCCGGCCAACAUGGCGCAGUCCGACAUGUUCAUACAAGUGAUAAAUUGGAGGAAAGGGUAUGCGGAGGCU